UAUGCAAAACCCAUAGACAAGUAAAUCUAAAAAAAAAAAACAAAAAACUAUAUUUAUUAGAGCACAGCUUAUAAUUUGUGUUGAAUGUUUAGUUUCCGUUGAUUUUAAGCAAACAUAUAGUUUCAAAGCCUAGACACUCAGGAUUUAGUUCAAAUAUUAGUAGCUUAGUCGAUGAGUUGUAUUUGCGAAUACUGGCUUGAGAGAAGUCCCCCGCACACGAACAGACACACGCAUGCACGCCCGCCGUUUGGGGCUGCUCUACACCGACACAUAAAGACCCCCACACACGACGACCAGACGGACGAAGACAGGCCAAACCAAUGCUAAAAUGUCGCUGCCCAACGAACAGACAAACUUGCCGCACAAUCCCAGCCAACCAGCAUCCGCAGACACACAGACACCAGCCACGGCAACAGGAACCACAACACCAUCCACACCAACACCAUCCACACGAGCCACACAACCAAAUGAGCUGAAACACCGCCUGACGCCACUGAAUGUGCGUCGUUUAUCGGGCUACGUUAAUCCGCAAGCGAUCAGCGAUAAUGCUGGCGAUGAUCCCCCGCCCACCACCAUUAACAUUGGCCUCUUCAACAACAAUAACAACAAUAAUACCAAUAAUAAUAACAACAACAACAACACAGCAUCAACAACGCCACCAUCUGCAUAUGCCACACCACCAAUAUACCAACAACAGUUGUCCACACUGACAGCAACAACACCGCUAGAUGUGGCACCGGAUGAUAAAUACAGAUUGUUUACCAUUUUCAAUGGAAACGAUCCCGACAAUGAGAAAUUGUCGGGCUUACCACAUUCGACAACCGGUUCACUAAGCUCAAUCAUCACGACGUCCAUAGCAUCCUCCGAACCGGAUCCUGGAGCGGUGAGCGGCGGCGGCGGCGGCGGCGGAGCAGGAGGAGCAGGUGGCGGCGGCGGAGGCAAUGGCGGUAUCGGAUCGGGUGCCCUGGUGGCAGCGGAUGCCUCCAGCAUUGCCGGCAUCAAUGGCAGCUCCGAGGAGAAGUUGGCGCUCAAUCGACCCGGCAUCAAGCAGGAGAAGUGGACGACUAUCCUGCUGCAGGUAUCCAUUCCGUUCUUUCUGGCCGGGAUUGGCACCAUCGGAGCUGGCAUUGUUCUGGGACGCGUUGAGAAAUGGUAUGUCUUCAAGAACGUAAGCGAGCUGUUCAUCCUGGUGCCGGCGCUCUUGGGUCUGAAGGGCAACCUGGACAUGUGCCUGGCAUCGCGUCUGUCCACGCAAGUGAAUCUGGGCAACAUGACCAGCAGGCAGGGCGUGAUACGGAUGAUAGUGGGGAACAUAGCACUGGUGCAGGUCCAGGCGACGGUGGCCUCCUUUCUGGUGGCCAUGUUUGCGGUCAGCGUGGGCGCGGCCAUGACCGGCGACUUCUAUUUCGAGAACAUGAUGCUGCUGACUGCCUCGGCCAUGUUCACGGCCACCUCGUCGUGCUUUGUGCUGGACUUCGUUUUGGUGGCUGUAAUCCUGUUCUCGCAGAAGUACCGCCUCAAUCCGGACAACCUGGCCACGCCGUUGGCCGCCUCCAUUGGUGACGUGGUGUCCAUCAGUUUGCUCUCCUUUAUCGCCUCGCUGCUGUACGAUCAUAUCAAAACGCACCUGUGGAUCACAUUCAUCGUGGUCACCUGCUACCUGGUGCUGUUGCCCAUGUGGGUGAUGAUCGUGCUGAGGAACGAGUACACGCGGCCGGUGCUAAAGAGCGGAUGGGUGCCCGUCCUCUCGGCCCUCUGCAUAAGUGGUCUGGGUGGCCUUGUGUUGGAUGCCGCCGUCGAGGUGUUUAAUGGAUUCGUAGUGUUUCAACCGAUCAUCAACGGAAUCGGCGGCAAUCUGGUAUCGGUGCAGGCCAGCAAGAUAUCCACAAUGCUGCACCAGAGCUCAAUUAUCGGGAUUAUACCACCGCACACGCAGAUCUUCGAGUGGCCUUGGCGGGCGCUCUUCAAAGGAGUUCCCUAUGCGAAGACAGCGAGGAUACUUAUUGCCAUGUCCAUACCCGGCAAUGUUCUGUUCAUCUUUGCUGCUGACUAUAUAAACUAUAGCACCUCGACGGUCACCUGGGUGUUUGUGCUUUCCUAUCUGACCGCCAGUUUGGUUCAGGUGAUGCUGCUGCUGUAUAUUGCCCACAUCAUUGUGCACGCGAUGUGGAAGUGGAAGAUCGAUCCGGAUAACUCGGCCAUACCCUACCUGACGGCCUUGGGCGAUCUGCUCGGCAGCAGUCUGCUGGCGGUGGCGUGGCUCUUCACCAUGUCGGUGGGCAUGCAGUACGGAUCCGGAAUGGAGACACUCAACGCACCUAACUAAUGUAGCUAACGAAAUGGGGAGAGUACGGAGUAACGUAGAACGAUAAACAAGGCAGCCACACACACACCAUACAAUAUAAAGAACUGUUAUGUACCUAAAGCAAAUAUACAGAAAACAUAGAAA